AUGGUGGAGCAGAAAAAGUACUGCCUCUUUCUAGCGACUCCAGACUCAGAGUUCGUGAAGAAAGCGUACGGAGGAUACCACCACGUGUUCGUCUCGACGUUUGGAGACGAAGGAGAGCAUUGGGACUCGUUUAGGGUUGUCGACGGUGAGUUUCCCGAGGAGAAAGAUCUCGAGAAGUACGACGGUUUCGUUAUCAGUGGAAGCUCUCACGAUGCCUUCGAGAAUCAUGAUUGGAUCCUUAAGCUGUGUGAGAUGGUCAAGAAGCUUGAUGAGAUGAAGAAGAAAGUUCUUGGCAUCUGCUUUGGUCACCAGAUCAUAGCGAGAAUAAGAGGAGGAACAGUUGGGAGAGCAAGGAAAGGACCAGAACUUAGACUUGCAGACAUUACCAUCGUGAAGGAUGCGAUUAAGCCGGGAACUUACUUCGGAGACAACGAGAUUCCGGAGAGCAUUGCGAUCCUAAAACUCCACCAGGACGAAGUGUUGGUGCUGCCUGAAUCUGCUAAACUGCUGGCUUAUUCCGAAAAGUACGAGGUGGAGAUGUUCUCUAUUGAGGAUCAUUUCUUCUGUAUCCAAGGACAUCCUGAGUACAACAAAGAGAUUCUCCACGAGAUCGUUGAUCGUGUUCUUCGUCUUGGCUACAUCCAGCAAGAAUUGGCGGAUUCGGCAAAGGCAUCGAUGGAGAAUAGGGAAGCAGACAGGAAAGUUUUGGAGACGAUUUGCAAGAAUUUCCUCAAAGGCAGAAUUCCAACUAAUUAA